UUUAAAUCUGUUUGUUGUCCGUCACAGAUGGAGACUGCAGCACACCAUCGGAGGACGGUGAAGAGGAGGAGGUGGGGGGGUCUGAGGCAGCAGUGGAAGCUUCUGGGAUUAUUUGAGAUUGAUCCACAGCAUGAGUUUUACGGCCUAACCUGCAUGAUGAAGGAUGGGCUGGCCAAAGCCACGCAGAUCAGCAUCGACAACCCACCCACCGCUGAGCUCUCCGAUGAUGAUUUCAAUCUCCAGAUCACUCAAAUUCAUAAGGACUUUACCAUGGAGACCUUUGCAGGCCCCGUGUUUGCCAGCCUGCGCAGCUCAUUAGGACUGACGGAGCAGGAGUACCAGCAGUCGCUCUGCUCAGGAAACUGCUACCUCCAGUUCAUCAGCAACUCCAAGAGCAAGGCCGACUUCUUCCUGACAAAUGACAAACGCUUCUUUUUGAAGACCCAGAACAAAAGAGAAAUCAAAUUCCUCCUGGCCAACCUGAAGAUCUACCUGGAGCACCUGAGGAAGUAUCCUCACUCACUGCUGGUCAGGUUUCUAGGUGUUCACAGGAUUAAACUCCCACACAGACGGAAGGUACCGACCACAUUUGAUCACCUUUUCAGUCAUAUUUCUAUUUCUUUAGAAAGCACGUUUCCAUCUCUGUCUCUGCAGAAAUACUUCAUCGUCAUGCAGAGUGUGUUUUAUCCAGACGACAGAAUCAAUGCACGGUACGACAUAAAGGGCUGUGAGGUGAGCAGAUGGACGGAGCCGGCGCCAGAGGGAAGCCAGAUCAUCGUAGUCCUCAAAGACCUGAACUUUGAAGGCCAGUUCAUCACUCUGGACCGUGAGCGUCCGUGGCUCCUGCGGCAGGUGGAGAUCGACACUCAGUUCCUGCAGCGGCUCCACGUGUUGGACUACAGCCUCCUUCUGGCCUAUCAGCCUCUUCAUCAAGACGAACGCCACCAGAGCCUUUCCUUUGCCACGCUCAUCAUGAGAACGAAAAAGUCGGUGAAUCCAGCUUCCAGCCCGGUCCAUGUGGGCUCUGCAGCUGUACCUGGCGCCAUCCCAGAAGAAGACUCUGCCUUAUUUUUGUCUGAAGAAGACGGCGGCCGUUUGAAGCCGGAAGUUACAUCAAGUGAAAAAACUCUCCAGACGUUCCCGGAGCGCGCAGGACUGGGCGGGGACAGUGGCGAGCUUCAAGACUUCAGGGCCCAAAACCGCCGUUUGCUCCCUGACUUAAAGAAUCCUCUGCAUGUCAUCGAUGGGCCGGAGCAGCGCUACUUCAUCGGCAUCAUUGACAUUUUCACGGUUUACAGUUUUAAGAAGCGGCUGGAGCAUUUUUGGAAGAGACUGAGACAUCCAGGCCGGUCCUUCUCCACUGUCAGUCCCCAGACUUACUGCCUCAGGCUCCGUCACUGGGUACGGGACCACACUAAGUAGAGCCUGUAGACUAGAGUUUACCAAAAAACAGUUUGAACCAAAGAUAUUACACACAUACGAAGACGCUGUGGGGGUUUGAGGCUUCAUGAGGCUGAGGAAAAUAUCUGAUUUUAGCCUUCAGUUUGGUUCUUAAACACUGACUGAAGAUGUUAACCAAGAUCUAAGAGGCCUGGACUCACAGCUAGAACUGAUUUCCUGUUACUCUGGAUGAAGAGUUCCCAGACCUCCUCUGUCUGCAGCCUGAGCUAGCAGCGCUUCAACAUUAGCAAGCCUUAGCGUGAGCCCAGUCAGUGCCUAACAAAGGAAUAAACUCCAUCAUUUACUACUGACAUUUCAAGAUCAGAUCCCUUUUCCAAAAUAGUUGGGACAUUGUGUUAAAGAAAUAAAAAAAAAUGUGACUAGUAAUUUUUUUUUUUCCACUUAAAUUCAACUGAACCUGAUAGAGCACAAACUGAAGAACUUGAUUAUUUACAAUUGUGGAAAUAUGCACACAUCCUGAAUUUGAUGCCUGCAGCAUGUUCCAAAAAAGUUGGGCCAAGGGCAAGAGAACACUGGGAACAUUUUGGAAUGCUGCAGAAACACCUGGAACAUUCCAUAGGUACGUUGGUUAAUUGGUAACAGGUGAAAGUAAUAGGAUUGGGUAUAAAGGAGUUCCCCUGAAAGGUCAGGUCAGGUAUUGAGUGUAUGCCGGUUUCGCAUGUUGCUCCAGGUAUUUUCCCAGCUUAUUCCUCUCUGACGUACCCAGCCACCUCUGAGGCUCAGACCCAGGAAAGCGUGCCAGUGGUCUGUUGAAGCCAAAUGCUGCUCCCAAAGCAGCUGACCCUUCCCUGCUCACCUCAGGUCUAGAUGCACGCUGUGACGACAAUAGCAGUAAAUAUGCAGGAAGGGAGUCACCACAAAGGCAUCACUGGCCGUGAGUCACGGUCCAGGCCUCACAGUUAGCAGAUUACUCGGCAGAGAUGAGUGAAAUGCUCCAGAACCUCCACACUCUCACCAGACACAGAUUCAAUGGCAGAAUCCAAGGCAUCUCCAAAUGCCUGGACUUUCGGUUUGGUCUAAGAGACGUGCACUCCCGACGCUACAGCCUCCUCACUCAGCAAGUUCAGAGAGAGGACAUCUAGAGUCAAAGGGCACGCCACAGUUCGCCACCCCUGUUACCCACACCAUUAUCCAGUCCACACAGGUACUGAAGAGGGUAGGGGCUAAGGCGAAGUCAGAAGGGGAGCCUCCACACAUCCCAGCACUCUCUGGACCAGAAUAUAGAGCAGACAUCGGCUGGAUGAGCCAAUGUGGAAUCCCACAGGUGUGAAAGAGUCAGCUACUGAAAACCAAUGACUGCAUGAGGUUCUCCUCUUUAGGAAUGACUGUGUGGGCAAAUAGUCUAACAACGUUUCACACUGUGCUACUGCAAAUAAUUUAGAGAUCUGUUCAUCUUUUUAAAUUUUAUUUGACUUUAUUUAACCAGGAAAAAACCCUCACUGAGAUUAAAAAUCUCAUGUACAAGAGUGUUAUGGAUCUACAGUCCCUAAUAUCAUUGAAAGAUUUCAGAUAAGCUGGAGAAAGCUCUGCACUGUCACUAGCACAUCUGUGAGGGUGUGGGGGUGUAUUGGUGCAUCUGUGAUACAUAAAUACUGACAUGCCUGCAUGUUUUUUUUCAGGUACAUCUCUGCUUAUGUCAGAGAGACAUUACUAAGACACAUUCUGCAUGAGUUACAACAGCAUGGCUUCACAAUAAAAGAGGGCUGGGCCUAGACUGGCCUACAUGUAGUAGGACCAGACCUGUCUCCCUUUGAAAGGAGCCGUAUGAAGCACUAAACAGGCCAACAGAAACCCUGCACUGUUUACAACUUUGGGGCUACAUAAAUACUGAAGGCUCUACUCCAAUAGUCAGAGCCUUCAGUCCUAGUCAUGAACAUGAACAGAGUGUUAUGGAUCUACAGUCCCUAAUAUCAUCGAAAGAUUUCAGAUAAGCUGGAGAAAGCUCUGCACUGUCACUAGCACAUCUGUGAGGGUGUGGGGGUGUAUUAGUGCCCAGGCAUGGGUCACUAGUACAUCUGUGAUGGUGUGGGGGUGUGUUAGUGCUAGUCAUGAACAUGCACCUGUCCCAACUUUUUUGAAACAUGUUGCAGGAACCAAAUUUGUAAUGUGAAUAUUUCCAAAAACAGAGUCAAGUUGAUCAGUUUAACAUCAAACAUCUCAUCUCUGUGUUCAGUUAAAUAAAAAUUGAAAAGGAUCACUGUUUUCUGUUUUUCAUUUUGCACAAUGUACCAAAUAUUUUGGAAAUGGGGUUUGUAUUUAGCACUGGUAAUCUGUAGGACACGUGUCCCUUUGCCAUCCAGCAGGGGAGGGACUUGGAGCUUUAUAGGACAUUCACUUGAGUCCUGAGCGUUCUUGUCCUGUAGAGCGCUCAUGAGGAGAAGAAGGCUGCAGCCAGCCAACACUAGACUGUCCUGCAGCAUGGUGCACGGCUCAGAGAGCAGAGGGAUGUUUGACUGUCCUGCAGCGCGGCUCAGAGAGCAGAGGGAUGUUUGACUGUCCUGCAACGCGGCUCAGAGAGCAGAGGGAUGUUUGACUGUCCUGCAGCAUGGUGCACGGCUCAGAGAGCAGAGGGAUGUUUGACUGUCCUGCAACGCGGCUCAGAGAGCAGAGGGAUGUUUGACUGUCCUGCAGCAUGGUGCACGGCUCAGAGAGCAGAGGGAUGUUUGACUGUCCUGCAGCAUGGUGCACGGCUCAGAGAGCAGAGGGAUGUUUGACUGUCCUGCAACGCGGCUCAGAGAGCAGAGGGAUGUUUGACUGUCCUGCAGCAUGGUGCACGGCUCAGAGAGCAGAGGGAUGUUUGACUGUCCUGCAGCAUGGUGCACGGCUCAGAGAGCAGAGGGAUGUUUGACUGUCCUGCAACGCGGCUCAGAGAGCAGAGGGAUGUUUGACUGUCCUGCAGCGCGGCUCAGAGAGCAGAGAGGGAUGUUUGACUGUCCUGCAGCGCGGUGCAUGGCUCAGGGAGCAGAGAGGGAUGUUUGACUGCUCUCUGCUCUCUGAGGUUAUAGUUGGACGAGAGGAGAGCGACCAGCAUGAAUAUAGAACACAGAAGCUCAGAGCGGUCCUUAAUGUGAGGCUUUUUAUAGAAAUUUAGAGGCUGUUUUAAUGAAGAGGAAAAAGAAAGAGAGGGUAAAGGAGUGAUGGUUUCUCUUGAUGAUGA